AUGACAAAUCAAAGGUCGGCAUCUGUGCGGGGUUCAAAGCGCAUCUCCACCAGCGGGACAAGGCACGGGACCAUGCUACAGGACGAUCUGAAAGCCGUGGUGCCUUAUCACAAGAGCGGACAUGUGCGCGCGCUGAGGCACAUCCCACGGAACUCCUUGGCCGGGUCUCGAGUUUGCGCGUCGGGGAUGAGCUUGCUGGGGGCCUAUAAGAAGAAAAGCAGUUAUGACGGCUAUGAAUCUUUGCAGUUGGUCGAUAGCGGAGGUGAUAGCUUCUGCAUCGGGAGAGGGAGCAGCGGAGGAGGAGGUGGUGGAUUGGGGCUCGGAGGGUCCAUCGCGGCUACCCUAGGACCAAAGCCGACCCCGCUGCAAGAGGAGGACUGCAGCACCAUGGACAGCGCAGAUAUGGAUGCCAACUAUGGAGGGGGGCUGUUGGACAUGGUCAAAGGAGGAGCAGGGAAGUUCUUCAGUAACUUCAAGGACAACCUGAAGGACACUCUGAAAGACACGUCCACCAAGGUCAUGCACCAAGUUGCCACGUAUACAAAGGGAGAGCUAGACAUUGCGUACAUCACAUCAAGAAUCAUAGUGAUGACGUACCCAGCGGAGUCGGUGCAGAUCGGCCAUCAGAACCACGUGGAGGACAUCCGCUCCUUCCUGGACAGUCGCCAUGCCGACCACUACACCGUCUUCAACCUGUCGCAGCGCAACUACCGCGGGGCCAAGUUCUCCAACAGGGUCUCCGAGUGUAACUGGGCUUCCAGACAGGCUCCGGGUCUCCACAACCUCUUUGCUGUGUGUAAAAACAUGCACAACUGGCUCAAACAAAACCCUAAGAACGUGUGCGUCAUCACCUGCUCGGAUGACCGCGCUCCUUCAGGUGUCUUGGUAUGUGCCAUGUUUUGCUUCUGCCACCUCUUCAACAACCCCAUUCCGUCAAUGCAACUGCUCAGUGCCAAGAGGCCCGGCUCCGGUCUCUGGCCUUCCCACCGCAGGUAUAUUGGCUAUGUAUGCAGCAUGGUGUCAGAGAAGCCCAGCCUACCCCACUCCAAGCCUUUACUCAUUAAAGCCGUCUCCAUGAGUCCUGUCCCCUACUUCAACAAGCAACGCACCGGCUGUCGGCCAUUUUGUGACGUCCUCAUCGGGGAGACCAAGAUCUUCACCACAGCACAAGAGUACGAGAGGAUGAGAGAGCACCGGAUCCAGGAGGGAAAAGUGGUGUUUAAUCUCGGAGUGAGUCUUCAGGGAGAUGUGGUGAUCGCUGUCUACCACAUGAGGUCCACCAUAGGGGGGCGUCUCCAGGCCAAGACAUCCAACACCCAGAUAUUCCAGAUCCAAUUCCACACUGGUUUCAUUUCUCCUGGAACCACAGUUUUAAAGUUCAACAAACCGGAGCUGGAUGCCUGCGAUGCUGCGGAAAAGUAUCCCCAGUUGUUCCAUGUGAUUUUGGACAUAGAGGUGGAAGGUGUGGACAAACAGAAAGACCUGACCCCGCCCUGGGAGCAGUUCCCGUGUAAAGACCUCAGUCCAAACGUGCUCUUCUCCUGCCACCAAGAACACCAAGACGCCCUGGCUAUCGCUGAGCCAAGCCGACCAAAAGGCAAAGGAGAGGAGAGCGAGCCCUCGGACGAUGAGAUGCUGUCCUUGUCCAGUCAGAGGAGCAGCACCAGCACGGCCCCUUCCUCCAAACCGGACCAGCCUGUCCCUCCGGAUCAUGCCCCCCCAGAGGAUGUAGACCUGCUGGGCUUAGGGGGAGAGGACAUCGCUGCGCCCCGUUCCACCUCUGCAGCAGCUGGGACCACAGACCUACUCGGGGACUUGUUCGGAGCCCCCCCACAGCCCACCAGUGCCACCUCAUCUGCUCAGUCCACUCCACAAAGAGCCCCGCCCAGCACUGCCUCCCCCAGCCCUUCACCCGCUCCAGCGUUCGACCCGUUUGGCGCGGGGCCCAUGCCUAAGCCUCAGGACAUGAUGGGUUCUCUCCUCGGACCAGGUAACACGGGGCAACCUGACCCCUUCCUGCAUGCGGCUCGCUCUCCAUCACCCACACCGCAGCCCCCAGCUCUGGGGCGCAGCUCUCCGGUGCCUCCCACCACCCCCACAGUCAACAUACAACAGCAGAACGCCAUGGGGGGCUGGGACUGGAACAGGCCCGCCACCACAAACACAGGAGGGGGCUUCGGCGUGGGCAGCCGGUCGGCCACCACUAGUCCCACCAGCUCCGUCCACAGCACCCCCACUCACCAGAACAAGCCCAACACACUGGACCCCUUUGCUGACAUUGGAAACCUGGGUGGAUCAGGCUUCUCCAGUAAACCCACCACCCCGACUGGCUCCACCCCAUCCUUCCCUCCGAUGGGCUCUCCGUCGCGGCCCCCUCCCUCCCCGCAGCACACCGGGGCCUGGCAGCCCCCCACAGGAGCCGGGUUCCCGUCCUGGCAGCCUGGUGCAGGAGGAGGGGGGGGACCACCAGGGGCAGCAUGGCAGCCACAAGCACCAGGCUCCACCCCCCAACCUAAAGCCAGCCCGAGCCACACUGCCAUGCCCCACACCUCCAUACCUCACACCUCAAUGCCCCACACCUCGCCCCAGAACAGACCCAACUACAACGUGUUCAUGGGCGGAGGGUCACCCAGCGCGGCGGGCAAAGCACAGGCCAACAUGGGUGCGAAGCCCAAAGCCUCUAAUGCCAACUUCGACGACCUGCUCUCAGCACAGGGCUUCGCAGGGACUAAAGAGAAGAAGGGGCCCAGGACAAUAGCAGAGAUGAGGAAGGAGGAGAUGGCCAAAGAGAUGGACCCAGAGAAACUAAAGAUCUUGGACUGGAUCGAGGGUAAGGAACGUAACAUCCGUGCGCUGCUGUCCACCAUGCACACGGUGCUGUGGGAGGGGGAGACGCGCUGGAAGCAGGUGGGCAUGGCCGACCUGGUCACUCCGGAGCAGGUCAAGAAGGUGUACAGGAAGGCCGUCCUCGUGGUGCACCCAGACAAGGUCAGGAUAUAA